UUGGCGGCCUUGAACAUUAAGUCGAGGUACCUCACGACGUAACGAGAAAAAAUACGUCCAGAAGCUGAUAAAGAAUAUAUCUGAGAAGACAUUAAUUACGGCAUUUAUCGACAUGUGCUGCGCGCCCCCUUCCGUCUAUCUGCGCAUCUUGGCAACGUUGCCAACAGUUGACGGCAUUUUUUAAAUAAUCAUGGCGGCGUUUAAGAAGACGAACGCCAAAAUAUUUACAAAAACCGGACCGGAAAUAACGCCGGACAAUAUUUACUGGAAGAAAUACACGCCGCCCGUGUUAGUGAAGGAGUUUGGACCGAUUGAUUACAUUGACUUUUCGCCAGCUGAACCUCACUUUUUUGCUGUAACCUGCUCGGUAAGAGUGCAGGUGUACAAUCCGAUCACAAAAUUGGUUACAAAGAAUCUUAGCAAAUUUAAAGAAGCCGCUUAUGGUGGUUCCUUUCGGAGAGAUGGAAGGUUGUUGUGUGCGGGAGGCGAAGAAGCUGUUAUUCGACUUUUCGAUGUUAAUACCCGCAGUCUUCUCAGACUCUUCCAAGGACACGAGUCUGCGGUUCAUCGAACUUUUUUUACUAAUGAUGGACUUCGAAUAACAUCGUUCUCCGAUGAUAAAACGGUAGCUCUAUGGGACAUAGCUACUGAAAAACAAUUAUGUUCGUUCACGGGACAUAAUGAUUAUAUCAGAGCUGGAGCCGUCAGUCCUGCGUCACCUGACAUUGUCUUAUCAGGAAGUUAUGAUAAAACGGUUCAAAUGUAUGACACCAGGACCAACAAGAGUCUUUUUACAGUUAACCAUGAAGCUCCUGUUGAAAGUUUACUUUUCUUACCAUCUGGUGGAAUAUUUUUGUCUGCUGGUGGAACCGAAGUGAAAGUAUGGGAUGCACUUGCAGGUGGUAGAUUAUUAGCUAAAUUGUCGCAUCAUCACAAGACUAUCAUGUGUUUAAGAAUAGCUUCAAAUGGGCAUAGAAUAUUAUCAGGAUCUUUAGAUCGGCAUAUUAAAAUUUAUGAUACGGGCACAUACAAUGUUGUUCAUACAUUGGACUAUCCAAGUGGAGUUCUCAGCGUAGGAAUAAGUGCCGAUGACGAGACAAUAGUAGCCGGAAUGGUCAAUGGUUUAAUUUCUGUUAAACGGAGGGAGGAAAAUGUUAAAGAUAUUAAGUCACGAUCUAAAAAAAUAUCCUAUCGUCAUGCUGGUGCUAAUUUACAUACACCUGCCAUCGAAAUUAUUCAUGACGAAACUAAACAAAUUAUGGGAAAGCAUGAUCAUUUUUUGAGGAAAUUCCAAUAUUCCAAGGCAUUAGACUGCGUUAUGAUGAAUUAUGUAGCGAAUAAAACGCCACAUGUCACAGUUGCUGUCUUUCAAGAAUUAAUAAGACGUCAUGGUUUAAAACAGGCCUUAGCUGGCAGAAAUGGAAAAUCACUUGUCAAUAUACUUAAGUUUAUUAUAAAACAUCUGGGAAGUCUCAAAUUUGGUAGAGUCAUAUUAUAUGUGGCAAACAUACUAAUGGAUAUUUACGAAGAAAAUUUAGAAGAACUUGGAGCAGAGCCACGUACAAUGUUCACUCUUUUAGCGAGGAAGCUUGAAGAGGAAGAGGAAUUGACGAUAUCUUUGUUAGAAUUGCAGGGUGCAUUGCAUAUGUUGUUAGCAGGCGCAGAAACAGAAACUCUAGCAACUGACAUAGAUUCUCAAAUUUUAGAGCCUUCUAUUGCCGCGCAAAAGAAUCUUAUCCUAAGUAUAAAUUAAGAAAAAUUUGCUAAAAUGUGUACAUAUUUUUAAAAAUAAGUAUU